UCCUCCUCAUGUCAGUGCCUGACAGUUGCAGCGGAAAACAACUGUAUUGCAGUCCGGCGUGGUGUUUAGUAGUGAGGGGUCGGGAAAGCAAUCAAGCUCGCUCGUCAGCGAACCUCAUCCCUCACUCACUGCGUGUCCACGUUUUGUCCCAGUGGUCAGCGUUGUGGUAACCGGCUCUGCUCUACGGACGCGGUAUCGUAGUGUUUGUGGCGUGGAGGGAACCCAGCACAGCUCGGAGACAGAUCCACGAAGCAAGCAGAAAGGAGGGGAGACAUGGCAACGACAACCUGUACACGCUUCACCGACGAAUACCAGCUUUACGAAGAGCUCGGAAAGGGAGCCUUUUCAGUUGUGCGACGUUGCGUCAAGCUGUGCACAGGCCAAGAAUAUGCUGCCAAAAUAAUCAACACCAAAAAGCUCUCAGCAAGAGAUCACCAGAAGCUCGAACGUGAAGCUCGCAUCUGUCGUCUUCUUAAGCACCCCAACAUUGUUCGACUCCAUGACAGUAUAUCAGAGGAAGGCUUCCACUAUCUCCUGUUUGACUUGGUCACUGGUGGGGAGUUAUUUGAAGACAUCGUCGCUAGAGAGUAUUACAGUGAAGCUGACGCCAGUCAUUGCAUCCAGCAGAUCCUGGAGGCGGUGCUUCACUGCCACCAAAUGGGUGUGGUGCACCGAGAUCUCAAGCCUGAGAACCUGCUCCUUGCCAGCAAAUGCAAGAAUGCAGCAGUGAAAUUGGCCGAUUUUGGUCUGGCCAUUGAAGUGCAAGGGGAUCAGCAGGCCUGGUUUGGAUUUGCUGGAACACCAGGGUACCUGUCUCCUGAGGUGCUGAGGAAAGAGGCUUAUGGGAAACCCGUGGACAUUUGGGCUUGUGGGGUCAUACUCUACAUUUUGCUGGUGGGCUACCCUCCUUUCUGGGAUGAGGACCAGCACAAACUUUACCAGCAGAUCAAAGCUGGAGCCUAUGACUUUCCUUCUCCAGAGUGGGACACAGUCACCCCUGAAGCCAAGAACCUCAUUAACCAGAUGCUCACCAUCAACCCAGCCAAAAGGAUCACUGCACAGGAAGCACUUAAACACCCGUGGGUCUGUCAACGCUCCACUGUGGCCUCCAUGAUGCACAGACAAGAGACAGUAGAGUGCCUGAAGAAGUUCAACGCGAGGAGGAAACUGAAGGGUGCCAUUCUCACCACCAUGCUAGUGUCUCGGAACUUCUCUGUGGGCCGGCAGACCACAGCACCGGCCACAGUCUCAGCAGCCGCGGCAGCUGCUGCAGCUGCAGCCGGCACUACCGCCGGCCUGGUGGAACAAGCAGCCAAGAGCCUGCUCAACAAGAAGGCUGAUGUCAAGCCCCAGUCAAACAGCACGAAAAACAGCAUAGUCACCAGUCCCAAGGGAAACAUCCCCUCUCCUGCUCUGGAGGCUCAGACCACUGUUAUCCAUAACCCAGUGGAUGGGAUCAAGGAAUCCUCGGACAGCAGCAACACCACCAUCGAGGAUGAGGAUGUUAAAGGAAAAAGCCUAGAUAGCGGCUCGCUUAAGGCCGCCUCAGAGUCCGGCCAGUCUCCUCCAGGCCCUGCCCCAGCCAUCUUCUCCUCCAAGCUGACGGACAUCCUGGGCUGUGUGCGCAGGGGCUCCGGACCCACUGCCCCGCCCGACACUGAAGGCGGAGCCCCAUCUGUCCCCGCCCCUCCACAUACCCCUGCCAUUCAGACUCGCAAACAGGAGAUCAUUAAGAUCACGGAGCAGCUCAUUGAGGCUGUGAACAAUGGAGACUUCGAUGCCUAUGCGAAGAUUUGCGAUCCUGGGCUGACUUCCUUUGAACCCGAAGCAUUGGGUAACCUGGUAGAGGGGAUGGACUUCCACCGGUUCUACUUUGAGAACUUGCUCUCUAAGAACAGUAAGCCCAUUCACACCACCAUCCUGAACCCGCACGUGCACCUGAUUGGCGAGGACGCCGCCUGCAUCGCCUACAUCCGCCUCACGCAGUUUGUGGACAGCCAGGGCCGGCCGCGCAGCAGCCAGUCAGAAGAGACACGUGUGUGGCAUCGCCGCGACUCUAAAUGGCAGAAUGUGCACUUCCACUGCUCAGGCGCACCUGCCGCCCCACUCCAGUGAAGAGUGGGACGGCGGCAGGAUGACUUUCGACAAGAGUGCUUUUGCAGAGGAGAAAGGAGAGGGAGGAUGAGUGGGACGGCAGGAAGGAGUCCAGCAUUGGAGAGCUCAGGAUCUUCCAGCCUUCCAGCUCUGCCACACAGCCGUCUACACCUGCAUGCAAACCUACACCUGUCUCUCCACCUACUGGGCUGCUCUCCACUACUGCAUUCUUCCCCACCCCUGCCACUGCUACCGCACCCUACAGGAUUCACUCCAACGCAGGCCAAACACAACACCAGUACACAAAACAAACCACACCAUGCCACUAUAUACUGCAGCUUAACGUGUCUAUGCCAAGAUUCACCCAAGUGAUUGAUGACACACAUAUCAGUCCCAGAAAGUGAGCACAGACUCUAGCUAACUGAUAACUGGUCGAAGUGUUCUAGCCUGCGUAAAUGCCUUCUCUCCUACAGUCCCCCUCUUCCCUCCUCACGCACUCCACUCUCGUCUCCAUUGGCCUUAUGCCCUAUGUGCCCAGGCACUCCUAACUAUAAUAGAUCAUGUUUUAAUGAAGUACUAUAUUGGUAUUAUUAUUAUUAUUAUUAUUAUUCUCAUGGUUACUACUUUUAUUGUUACUAUUUGUCAUUUUAAGUAUUGCUGUUGUUCUAUUGAGGCUGUAUAUUUAAUAGUCAAAUUAUUGAUGCCAGUUGUACAUGGAUUUGAACCUUUUUUUCCCGGAAGCAUGGAUUUUUAGUAUUAUUCAGUGGGGGUUUUAUUUGUUCAUUUGAGUAUGAUGAAGUCUACUUUUGGCAGUAUCGUGCAGGUAUAAGUAUGGCUACUCAUUACUGUACACACAACAUGAGAGGAUGACACAGUUCAGGCAGAAGCUAAGGGUUACAGAGAUGUAGUGAAGCUAAUUAUGUUUCGUCUGUGUUUUCCUCUGACUUGGGAUCAGUGUUGGUCUGGUGAGGAAUCCUUUUGUGAAGAUUUCUUAGUCCUAUAUAAAUGGUUUAUAAGAAGGAUUUUUCAUUUAAUGCGAAUUACUGGGAAGGCUGUCCGACUUGUGACAUAACUUGUAACAUAUUGCACUGAUUAUUAGAGUAAAGUAGUCAUUUUGCGGUAUUUUGGAAGUCGAGAAAGAAGAAUGACAUGACUAGUGCAAGCUGCAGUUAACUGUCUAAAGGUUACGUUGAAAUAAUCUAGAAAAAGAAGAUCUUAGAGAUUGUAUAGAGAUAUUAAGGCACAGUGUUCAGUACCCUGUGGAUUUACAUAGUCAGGUGUACAGUUUAAGGUAAAGAGUAAAGAGAGUCUAUGUAUUAUGUAUAAAUCUAGUCAUCCACGUUAACUCAUGCACCUUUUAACCUUCACCCUUUUGGUGGUGUUUGUUUUUGUCUGUAUAUGCAGAGUUUUUUAGAUUUUUAUAUAUUAUUUAUGCGGUGGUAAGACUUUCUCGUCACUGUUCUAUCAUGUGAGUCCUUUUUGGAGGUGCACGUGAUGGGGACGUACUUUGCGGGUGUCUCGUUGAUAUGCCAACGAACAGUCUUCUGUUGACCUCUUGAAUGUGAAAGCGUAAUUCUAAGUUAAAGGGAAGCCUCACUGCUCCCGCAUUACGCAGAGGAGCGAUUUAGCAGCUUUUUACACCAUGAAUCGUUUGAAUGAGCUUGGCGAGAGUCAGUUUGAUGCUCUCAAAGACUUCACAUAGUGUUCGUUCUCAAGACGUUGAGGAAAUUCACUGGACGACUGCUGUUCACGUUUCGGUUUCAUUUAAUUUAUCCGAUUCCUCGUUUAUUUAAUUCUGAAAUGUGAAUCUAGCUUUUUUGUAGUAUGUCACUGAACCCCACGCUUCACCCCGGGGGGAGAGCAAAACCUUUGUACAUGGUGAACAGUGUGAGAGCUCUCCCCUUCACGACAGCAGUCCAGCAGCAUGUCAGCAUAAUCUACUCUAGUGUUGUUCUUUCUUUCCUCUGUGUGUUUAGUAUUGCAAGGAACCAUUGAAAAACUAUGGCAGAUUUAACUUUUAACACAAAUAAGUAUCUUGUAAAACUGCUAUGUAGUGCUAACAUACUAUAGGUGGCAAUUACUUGCAUGAACUUUGAACCUAAAUGAACCUAAAUUUUUGGUGAUUUGCUUUUCAUUCUUUGUUCAUUUUUUACUGAAUGCCAGUGACCUAUGCUCCGCUAACAAUUUUCAGAGCUUUGUAAGUGCAUAUAACUAUUUUUGUCUCAAGAUGAUGAUGAUAAUGAUGAUGAUUAUGAUGAUUAUGACUAUCACGGUUGAAAAAUAUAUAUGUAAUGAUGAUGAUUGUAUAGCAUGCUUUUGUACAGGGUUUCGUUGUUGUCUGAGCAGUGUUGGUUGAUCCUAAGUGAAGUUUGCUAUGAGGUGUCUAUAAAAAAGCGGCUGCUGAUUCUCCAGUCAAUUCAGUCUAUCAGUUUUGCAUUCAUAGAGAUGGCGCAAUACCACUUUAUCUUUUCCGAUAUUAAGUACUGGCUGAUACCAAUCCAAUAUUUUUUCUUUAAAAGCUGUAAAGUGAAUUAUUUUUCAUUGAUUUUACUUAAGAUGAACAUCUAAAAUUAUAGAAACUACUCAAACACUCUACUAUCCCCCAGAUUAACAUGACGCCACACAGUGUGAAGAUGUGCUAUUUACUUAAUUCAAGAAAUUAAUCUUAAAAUGUAUAUUCUCAAUGAAUGAACUCACUUUGUACUUUGUAAUUUGACUGAUAAACAGGGAAUCUGUUGGUCUUUAUAAUGCCAUGUUCAGCAGUCAGCAGAAGGAGGAGCUGUUAGUAAUCAAUUGCUUUGUAUGCAUCAUUGAAAGAGAGGAAACCCACACCAACAGGAGCUCACUAAUACAUAUAUAUUUAUAGGUAAGUUAGUUGAUAACUAUUAGAAAUUGCAUGUAUAUGAUUAUUCAAUUAAUCAUAAAAAGUUCACUAGAACAAUAAUAUAAUUAAUAUAAUCGAUAGCGACAGCCCUUGAUUUGUUACAGGGUUGGUAAAUAUUGCUGUUGUCGGAACAAAACCUUGUAUAUUUUUCAUUUUGUGAUAUAAUUUGAGAAAGGCAGUUGUCCUUUAUGUUGUGUCAAAAUUUCAUGAUGAAUAGUCCAACAGAAAUGGUCCAAAAUUACUUGGAAAAAAACAUUUAUGCAUCGGCUUCCAUUAAAAGUUAAGAACGUUUUUCCUUAUACUGUAAAGCUACCUUUUUAGACAUGAGGUUUUGUUCCCGACAGCAGCGAUAUGCUGAUAUCAGCCUGACACCAAUACUUGGUACAGGAUCAAUGCCAUACCUGAUGUUCAGCUUUGGCUAACCAUCACUAAACAUAAUUUUUAUUGAUUUUUUUUUAGAUUAGUAUAUGUGGUGAUAGAGCUGAGAAGGGGCAUCAACUUGGCUGAAGUUUGCUAUGCUUUGCUGAAAUGCAGUAAUUUGAAAACUGCCCUUUUGGUGGUGCUGUCUACCACAAAUAGAAUGAAUCAUCCUUUUUGCCAGUAUUUAUAAGCCUCAAAAUAUGUCCAAACAAAAUAUCCUGUUGCUUCGAUUACUCAAGUUACUUUCAUAAUAAAAUUCCACCUAUUGGAACUGGUAGCCUAUCAACACAAGUAAACCAGAGGAAUGGGUGAUGUAACCUCAUGGCCAAUAACAGUGUGAAUGUAUGUAUGUGUGAGUGUGGAUGAACAGUGCUGCAUUCCACUUCUAGUGACACCUUGCUGCUCUUACAACAUGAAGCCAAUAGCUAUUUGUAAUGUUUCCUCCUCAACUCUUUUUCCCCUCUUUCAGUUCAAUUUGAUUUUGAUUUCUACAACACUGAGCCUUUUUGAGUUCUCGUUUCAGGUCUCAUUUUAGGAGGAUAUUUGUAUAUAAUCUCUUAAACAUAAAACGAGAUUAUGUGAGUCCUGUAUGAUUAUUAGAAAAAUUAGUUUACAAUGAGUCCCAUGUUUCUCUUGAUUAUUCUUAUGAUUAUUCUUAUCUGUUCUUCCAAUGUUCCCUCUUGCUCUCUCUUUCUCUCUCUCCCCUAUAACUUAAGGAGAUGUGUUAAGAUGUUAUCAAUAUGUUACCAAUAAAAGGAGAAAUGUCAACAUGAA